CUGGGCUCGUAGCGCUAUGGGAGCCGCCCGCCCGCGGGGGCCCGGGCCGUGACCCGCGCCUCGCCCCGCUCCGAGCCAUGCCAGCAUCGCCCCUUCCUGAGAGCUGCGGGCCGGCCGCGCCGCAGCCCUGAGUUGACACUGUAUGAGCAUAGAAAGCAGCAAUGGGAGUAUGUGGUUUUCUACUGAAGAGGUCUCUCAAGAGCUCAUGAUUUUUUUCCAUCUCUCCUCUUAACAUUCCUCCUGCUCCACAGACAUGGCUCACCAUGCGAGGCCUUCCAGAUCAGCCAAAAAAGAUGAGUUAGGCAAAAGGAAAACUAACCAGAGCAAAAAGAAAUCUAGCCAAGUGAGAAAGAAAACCACCAAGACUUCCACAAAAGCUGUUAGUUCUGGAAAAGGUAAAAAGCCAGCGCAAGAAAAAGAUGUUAAGAAAAAACAGCAAGAAAAGAAACCAAUCAUGAGCUCUUCAGGUAGACUUCUCAGGAGCAGUGUAGGCAGAACCUUGUCUGGAGUGUCUUGGGUGAGUUUGGAGAAAGCUGACAAUAUCCUCUUUCACAGCCAGGAUUCUUUCAACAUCAAUGGCUUUACAAUGUCUCUCCGUAACCGAUCCUUCUCCCAAAGAUUGUCCCAAACUCCCAUAAUUGCAAAACCCAAGAAAGCUGCAGCACAAAAAAGGCUAGAAACAAAGGAAAAACGUGAACAAGAAGCCCUGGCAGUAGUAGAAGAGAAAAGCAACGAAACAGGUGAAAUAGCUUUGAUACAAGAUUUAGCUCAAAAUGAUUUAGCUGCUCUGCCUGUAGAAGGCUGUCUGUGUAGUGAAGGUGAAGAACCUGUUAUCCCAUGUGCCAGUCAGGACAAGGAGGCAGAAAUAUCUGAAACAGAUGACUCCAUUCCAAACUGUCAGGUAGCUGAUGAUGGUACGGAAGCUUCAGAGGUGAAAUCUGAGCAUGAAGACCUGCCCUGUGAGCAGAUACCCAGUGAUCUGGAUACGGGCAGUUUGGCUGAAGCGUUUGUUGAAGGUGCUGCGCUGGUGCUUCCAUCUUCUCCUUCUGACUCUGUAAUUGUCUCUGAAUCAAACUCAAAGGUGCAUGCAGAGACUCCCUUCAAUGUGGUGCCCAACAGUACAGAACCUGACUUCAGCUCUGUUGAUACCUCAGACCUCAGCUCAGCAGUACUGAUUGAGUCGGUCACACUUGCCAAAUUCCACAUUGGAGCAGGGUUGGACAUGGUGCUACCUAGGGAAGAACAAGACUUGCAUUCCACAUCUCUAGUUACCUCUGAGUUUAACUCACAAGAACAUUUAUUAGAAGAUGCAAGGUCACUUGCAGAUUCUUGCUUGAAGGCAGGCUGGGAUUUGAAAUCUGGGAAUAAAGACAUUGGUUCAAAUUCCAGUUCUGUAGCUGCCUCUGAAUCAAAUUUGCUUUUACGUUUUGGAGAUGCAAGCUCGCUUGCAGAAUACCCCAUGAAACUGGUUGUGGAUUUUGUACCCAUUCACAAAGAACUUGAUUCAAAUUCAGAUUUGAGCUUUACAAAAGAGAAUUCAGAAUUUGACACACAAAACAUAUUUACGGUAUGUGAACCAGUCUCCAAUACCUCUUUAAACAAUAUUGAAGUAGAGGACAUUGAACAGCUUGUGAAAUGUAUUGAUGCAGAGACAUUAAUUUUGAAUUCAGGCUAUGUCCCCACUUUAUCUUCAGAUUUAGAAAAAAGCACAGUUGAUAAAAUCUCUGCUGAAAGCUCUGGACAAUUCUCUGCAGGUUUUGUUUCAGAGUUGCCUUCAAGCGUGGAAAUCUCUGCUCUUGCCUCAGAAAAAGCCAUAAAUGCAGAUUUGCCAGCUGACUCAAGACUGCAGCAUAAUGAUUAUUCAUCACAGCUGGGAAGUGUCGGAGUAAGCUUGAAUUUGUUUCAGGACAACGUGAGCAACAGCACCGAAGCAGUUGAGGCCUCAGGGCUGUCCUCUCUUAAAAAUCCAGCUGGUGGUUACCCUGUUCCAUAUUCAUCUCUGCUCCCUAUGCUGGAGAAAAAGAAACGAAGGCGUUGUGGAGUCUGCGAGCCCUGUCUGCGGAAAACAAAUUGUGAGGAAUGCAGCUGUUGCAGGAAGCGCAAAACUAGUCACCGGAUAUGUAAAAAGAGAAAAUGUGAAGAACUGAAAAAGCCACCACCACCAGUCAUGCUACCCUUUGAGGUUCUAACAGAAAACAAAAGGCCUCAGAGGAGGAAGCAAAGAGUUUUAAAGGCAAAUUUAGAAAACAAAGCAGUAAAUGGCCGCAGACCAGAACUCAUGGAAUGCAGUAUAUGUGGUCAUGGUGAAAAAUACAGGGUGAAGACAAGCCAAGCAGUACCCAUUGAAAAUGUGCAGUCUAAGGAGAAAGAGAGAAUGACUGGCUUAGAAGCAGAGAAGUGGGCACAUAACGAGAAGCCAUCCUUCGGUGUCCACGUCAACGGCGACAUCCACGGAGCUGUGACGGGCACGGAACACUUGAAACACGCUGACCACAGUGAAAGAGCAGCCUCUCCCAGUCAGUUCACUGAGCCAAAAAAAUCCUUGGUGCACACCAUCAAAAAUGGCAUUAAAACCCUGCAUUAUUCACCACCAGAAGCAGUUGCUUCACUGAAAAAUGUAUCUGCAGAGGAAAGGACAGAUUUGACAAGCAACUCCCACAUGCAAUGGCCGAAGGGUAGCAAUCUGAAUAAUGUAGUAAGCACUCUGACGAGUGGCACUGGCUGUGUUCAUCCAGAAAACCAAGGGAAUGUUUUAAUGAAAGAGGAAAACUGCACCUGCAGCAUCUCUGAGUAUUCUGAUCAGUCAGUUUUGCAGACAGGUUCCAGCUUGGAUGUGCAGGAGAGCUUGUGUUGUCCUCUGCUGCCUGAAGAAGAGCUGCAGGCAGGGAAGGAUGGCUUUAAAGUACCGAAUGUGGAGACACUGCCUGAGAAUUCUGCACUCCAGCCCACUUUUUUGUCCCUGAUUAAAACCAGAAAUUUAACUCUGGAGCAGGUUGUAGCUAUUGAAGCUUUAACACAGUUGUCUGAAGCUCCUUUAGAAACAACUUCACCAGCUAAAACUGAAAGUACUGAAUGUACAGGAGAAACAACUUCCAACUUGCUCCAUGGUUUUCAAAGGGAUAUCUCAUCCUCCUUUACAUCCUCUGCAUUGCAAGAAAUCAAAGACACUUACUUAGAGAAUGAACAACAGCUCUUGGCUCACUGCGCUCACUCGCAGAAGCAGCUCCCUAAUAAGGCAGUGUUAUACAAUGGCCAAAGUUCAGUGUCUGAAUUGUGUGAUAAACCUGCCAAUCCGGCUGGUGAGAUGUAUAAAUUACAGUUAUCCUCAAGAGAUACCAAAACUUUAUCUGACUUAACAUCUAAUGCAGCAUUUUCAGGAUAUGAUUCCAACAAAAGUUGUGCUCAUGAGCCAGUCACCCUCGCAGGGUAUUGCAAUGCUUCAUGUGAUGUCCAGCAAAUAAGGAACAACUUGGAAGCUCCUGGCCAGUUAGAGCAAAAGCCAGCGUGUAAUGAUUCAAAAUUGGAAGGUAGUUCUUUGAUUAAAGAAGGAGGAAUUCACAGCCAGGAUGAAGAGGAUGUAGCUGCACAACUAACUCAACUGGCAGCACUGAUUGAAUCAAACCAGACGAAUCCAGAGCAGAAGAACGAUAUAAAGGCAUCACUGCUUAAUCUAAUAUCACAUGAGAGGCAGCCAAAAUAUAACCAAGAUGUGUUGCAGAAAAAAGAAACCGUAUUUUUUAGGCAUAAUUAUAGUUCCUUACUGUUAAAGCAAAAACAAGCAACAAAUAAGAAAGGAAAUGCUGUGCCAUGGAAACCAAGACACAAAAAGAAGCCUCAAGAAGCACGCUAUCAACAAAAUAAUCAAAACCAGCUAGAGCUGUUGUCAUGCCAGCAUAGUGAAUUGCAGGACAUUUGGAUAUCAUCAAAACUGCACAAGCUUGGUCAAACUGGGCCACAGGAUUCCAGGGUGGCUCAGUCUGAAAAGAAAUCUCCAAGAACCAAAGUACAGAGAGCACUCAGUCAAAACACUUUAGCAUCACAAGAAAAAACGAGAUUAUUUCUCCCACAAGCACAGAUAAAAUUCCACAGGUGUUUACCUGAGGAGAAAAAAAAAGACAGGUUGUUUGGCUGUGAAGUGGUGAAUGAGCAAAUGAAAACUGCGGGCUCCAGUGACACACUAGGCACUGAUGCAUUGAAAAAUGAAGUUGUUGCACAUAGCCAACACAGCGACCUGUCCUCCCGUAAUCCUCUGGCUGCUUCACAGCUGAAAACAGCAUCCUUGUUGAAAAGACCAACUGAAAACCUACAGAUGUUUACAGAAAAAUGUAAUUCUCAGGUACAGCAAACAGCAAAUGUCAGUCAGGCGCAUCCUUUGCCACCAACUUUUAACCAGUCUAACCUGAGAGCUAACGAAAUGUGUAGUGAAAACAAAGCCUAUGUUCAGCAGGUCAAACAACAGGUAGAUCCGAAGUCCCAGGUGCUGCCUGUUCCCUGUGGUGGGGCCCAGGUGCCAGGUGCUGCUGAAGCUCUCAGGAAUAUGGAGUGUGUGGGUGAGGUGACCGUUCUGACAUCAACCAGUUUGGGUACUGACCACGCCCAGAGCACAGGCGACUCAGGGUGUUCCCCAGCAAAAAACACGCUCAGCAGUUUCCUUGAAUCACCCAUGAAGUUUCUUGAUACCCCUACAAAAAAUUUAAUAGACACACCUACCAAAAAAGGACAAUCUGAAUUGCCAACUUGUGACUGUGUUGAGCAAAUUAUAGAGAAAGAUGAAGGCCCCUAUUACACGCACCUCGGGACAGGACCAAGUGUUGCUGCUGUGAGAGAAAUUAUGGAGAACAGGUAUGGAGCGAAAGGAAGCGCUGUAAGAAUAGAGGUAGUGGUUUAUACAGGAAAGGAAGGAAAAAGCUCUCAGGGGUGUCCAAUUGCCAAGUGGGUGAUCCGAAGAAGCAGCGAUGAGGAGAAGUUGCUGUGCUUGGUCCGUCAGCGCGCGGGGCACCACUGCCAGACGGCUGUGAUCGUGAUCCUGAUCCUGGCCUGGGAGGGGAUCCCGCACCUCCUGGCGGACACGCUCUACAAGGAGCUGACACAGAGCCUGCGCAAGUACGGCUGUCCCACCAGCCGGCGCUGCGCCCUCAACGAAGAUCGUACUUGUGCAUGUCAAGGACUUGACCCAGAAACUUGUGGAGCAUCAUUCUCAUUUGGCUGUUCAUGGAGUAUGUAUUUCAAUGGCUGUAAGUUUGCCAGGAGCAAAAACCCCAGGAAAUUUAGGCUUCUCACUGAUGACCCUAAACAAGAGGAACUUCUUGAAAAUAAUUUGCAAACGUUAGCGACUGAUGUGGCUCCGGUUUAUAAGAAACUCGCUCCAGAAGCUUUCCAGAACCAGGUGGAAAACGAGCACAUGGGCCCCGACUGCCGGCUGGGCUCCAAGGACGGUCGGCCCUUCUCGGGUGUCACGGCGUGCAUCGAUUUCUGUGCCCACGCCCACAAGGACACACACAACAUGCACAACGGGAGCACUGUGGUCUGUACCUUAACGAAGGAAGAUAACCGGAGAGUGGGGGUCAUUCCAAGCGAUGAACAGCUCCAUGUGUUGCCUCUUUACAAAAUCUCACAAACAGAUGAGUUUGGCACUGAAGAGGGCCUGGAAGCCAAGAUAAAAGCCGGAGCCAUACAGGUGCUCACAGCGUUCCCCAGAGAAGUGCGAAUGUUGGCUGAGCCUCUCAGAGCUACCAAGAAAAAGAAACCAGACACCAGGAGGACCCCGAGUGAAAAGCAGCCAUUAAUAGAUAAAAAAUAUUCAACACCAGUAAAACUGAAAACUGAAGCCCCAGAAAAUCUUGGCAACACUUUGCACUGUUUAGGGAACAAAACAGAUGCUUUAAAACCUGGAAUAAAAAUGGAGACUUCCAACCACCUUUAUGCCAUGAAACAUACUUCAAACACUACUAAAAAUUGCUCUUUAUUAAAACAGUACACGGCUUCCUCCCCCUUUAAAGUGGAUAGUUUACAUCCUUAUCCAUCUCUGGCACACAAGUCUGGCCUAACUGCAGUGACUAAUAUUCAACAAGAUUUUUCAGUUCCCUACGGGUAUUUUGAAUGCAGUACCAAGCAACCUCACGUGGCACCUUACGUUAACUGCAAGAGCUUUGAUGUGUCAGUCAAAGAUUAUACUGGAAUUCUGCUGAACGAAAAGGUGAAUGGAGUGCCACCGCUUCUUCCCGAGGUCACUGCUCCAGGCCCCCCAGCCCACAGAGAGCCCCUGCCCACUAUACUUGAACAUCAUCAGCCAGACAAACAGAAUUGUCAGCUUCAGCUGGACGCUUCUCCUUCCUCAGAGAUGAUCAGCUCUUGUGACUCAUCAGUACCGCUAAGCUCUUCGGCAAAGGACGCCGUGGGAACCGAAGCUGACUGUUCCCAUGGAUGCCCGGGGGAAAAGGGCAGCUCCCAUCGAGGGCAGAUCUGUGACUUUGACUGCGUUGACGAAAAGCAAAACAGUGCACUGGGACAAGCGGCUGAUUCUGAAGAAAAGGCUGAGGAAUUGUGGUCAGACAGCGAGCACAAUUUUUUGGAUGAUGAUAUUGGUGGGGUUGCUGUGGCACCUUCUCAUGGUUCUAUCUUAAUCGAAUGUGCAAGACGUGAACUCCACGCUACCACACCAAUUAAAAAACCCAACCGUAAUCAUCCCACAAGAAUUUCUCUAGUUUUUUACCAACACAAAAAUUUAAAUGAGCCAAAACAUGGUUUAGCCAUGUGGGAAGCAAAGAUGGCCGAGAGGGCGAGAGAAAAAGAAAAAGAAGCGGAACGAUUAGGAACGGAGAAUCCCGAACUGAACUCUAGCAACAGGAAAGCAAAGCAACCAAGUGAAAACAGAGAUAUUUUUUAUGAAGACAACGAGUUCAACCAAAUUCCAUCCCGCAGAGCAUUGACAGUAACCAAGGAUAACGUGAUCACAGUAUCUUCAUACGCCCUGACACGAGUGGCAGGGCCCUACAACCAUUGGGCGUAGGUGUCGGUGUGGUGUGCCCCUCCCGGUGCAGUUACGCGGUGUUUCUUUAAGGUGCUGUUAAAGAACAAGUCUCCUGUCGUUUACUAUUUGCUCAUCUCAACCAUUUUAAGGCUGAGGUAAAAACACAAAAAAGGGGGGGGGGAUUUCUUCUUAAACUGUGACUUUAACAUUUGGUGGUGCUCAAGCACAUUUUAAGCAAAAAAAGAAAAAAAAGUUGUAUAGUUUUAAUACAUUCUAAAAAAAGAUUUUGUUUAGGUUAUUAACCUUGAUUGAAUCAUUCAGUUUAUUACCUUUAGGAAUUUAUAUUUUGGUGCUUUAAAUCGUCUGUUUACUACAAAAAUCAUUUAUAGGUAUUUUAACAGGUUCACAUUUUAUGGUGUUAAAUCAAAUUAUACAGUUAUAGCUCUACACAGCUCUUGGUGCUUAACCACAUCAAACAGUUAAAAAUAAAUAAGCUGAAUUAUUACUUCAUGGUGCCAUUGCUUUAACAACUUCCAACCAUUGCUGUAUAGUCCAAAUUACAGACAAAUCUUUUAGAAAACCAAUUAAUUUUGUUCUUUAGAUUCGUCAGUAGAAUGAGGUUAUUGGUAAUGAUGGCUGGAAGUUGUUUCUAAGCUGUAAAUAUAUAUUUUAAAAGCACUUUCUAUUUUUAAAAUUAACUUGAAAUAGUAUAGUAUAAGGAUCAUAUUGUCUAAGGUUUGUGCAUACUCUACAGAAGAAAUGAUUUUGUUCUUGCUGUGCAGAGUUCCAUGGUGUUACAGCUGCAGGCUGUAUGCUGAUAGCAUAUGUGGUUGUGUUUAACUUGCCCUUUUUCACUGAAGAUUUUAUGUUGCAUUUAAACAAACAGUAAUGAAAUAUAGAGCCUUUUUUAUUCUUUUUCAAGAGAGUGUACAAACAUGAAAUGAGGAGAUGUCUGGUCAAUACGUGUGUUGCUAUUGGGAGUUAUGAAUAUUAUCUGGUUUUUUAAAAGGCAGCAUUUGUUAUGGUUUCUUUGAGCAAUAAGUGCAUCAGUCUCAUUUGUUUGCAGCAUUCUAAGUUAACAUGGCAACCAAAUGUUCCUAAUGCCUCAGGGGUAGGAUUGUUUUGGGAUAAAAAAUACCCCCUAGAGUUGCCUUAUUCUAUUCUGAUUUAAAAAAAAAAAAAAUUGGGAAAAACACAAAGGAAGUAUUGGAAAACUAUCAAAUUUCUAAUAUUUAGCAGCAAAGUUUUUGUUAAGAAAAACCUAUCUGUAAUAUUUGCCAACUUUCUGAGUUGAAUUAUUUUGCAAAAAUGUUUUGUAAAUUUUUGAAGCAAUUUAUACAUUUCACAUGGAAAGGACUGUAUCCUUCCUUGAAAUUUAUGUUCAUCAUUUUUGUUGAGAAAGUGACAUAUCACGAACCGAGUAUUUGCUAAACCAGAGGAAAAACAGACACUCCAUUGCUUUUAAAUACUGUAGCAUCCCACUCUUCUUUCUGAUUCUCCUCUCCUAUGUGUUUCUUGUUUAAACUUAUUUAUUUAAACAAAUUACCAAAUGACAACGUUAGCUAAGGACUGACCUCAUC